UUCCGACAAAUGCUACACACCCUGUUAGGCGCUAGUGUCGCAUUUUCGCCGCCGACGACAGACGAACGACGAGACCAGACCGUGCAAGAAUGGCGGUCGAUAAACAAUGAUGCUCGGCCUAGCGGAUGCUCGAUUGAAAAAUGUUCCAAAGAGGAACAUCCAAAGCAAGUAGCUUAGAGGCGGCAGCAGAAGCUGCGGCCAAAGUAAGCGCGAUGUUAAUGGCCAAAGGCAAAGUUCGCUCUGGCAACAUGGGCUCGACAAAAAUAAACGUUAAGGACAACAAUCUCAACAAGUCUGCUGGCGAUUUGUUCACGGCAGAAGUGGAAAUCAAUGAUGCCCCUCUUUCAGCCCGCAAUCUGCUCACCAGAGGCCACACACAAGAUGAAAUCAACAAAUAUUCAGGUGCUGCUGUCUCUACUCGAGGCAGGUACAUGACCUAUGAAGAUCGGGCAAAAAACCCGACUGAAAGACCGCUUUAUUUAUAUGUUCAAGCAUCUGAGAAGAGUGCACUUGACUUGGGAGUCCAGAGAAUCCAUGAAAUAAUUCAGCAACACAUGGGCCAACUGCAGCCACAGCAGACGUUGAUACCAAAUAAUCCCUCCAACGCUAACAAACGUCCAAACAAGUUCAGCAACAACAAAUUCAGCCGCAAUCCAAGUCAGCCAGUCAGUGCGAGGCCACCACCUCUGAUGAGCAUCCAGACUUCGCCACCCUCAUUGUUGCAUGUGGACAAAGUCUAUAUUUGCCUGGACCAUGCUGGUCCUGCCUUUGAUUUAAAAAAUAAGGUGCUCGGAUUCAACAACACAAACUUCAACUUUAUCCACACUGAAUCUGGGUGCAACUUGGGCCUCAGGGGCAAAGGCUCUGGAACAAAUGAUCCGGCCACUAAUAUGGAGUCCACGGAGCCAAUGCACAUUUAUCUAGAGAGCACCAGCAUGGAAAUGCUGCAAAAAGGUAAGGAGUGCGCCCAAGAUCUGGUUAACACACUGCAACAAGAUUUCUUGUUGUGGCAUCAACAACAAGCAGCUCAACAGCAGCAGAUGGGUGCAAUAGCUUCGAUGCAGCAACCAAUACAAGCCCAAUUCCAAACUGUUACUGUGAGUUCUAUGGGCCAACCUUCGGUAGUCUCAAUUCACCAAACGAUUCCUCAUCAAGAAAUGAUGCCCCACCAGCCAAUGCCACCGCCUGGUCACAUGAACCAGCCAAUGGGCCAAAUUCCACCUGGAAUGCAGCACCAUCCGCCACACCCUCCUCCAGCAAUUGGUCCGCCACCCACACAUUUACUGCCACCACCUCCCAUGCAAGGACCUCCCCCUCCGCACCAGUUUGUACCUAUGGGGCAAUCUCAUCAGGGUUUUGUGCAGCAGCAGCCCUUGCCAUUGCCACCACCUAACCAACCGCCAAACAUCACCAUGGUGGUCAGCAGUCCUAGCAUGGUGAUCCAGCAGCACCACCAGCAGCUGCCGCCGCCACCUCCGCCCCCUCAGCCGAAUCAGCCGCUGCCACUUAUGCAAGGCCCGCCACCAACUUACACGCAUCCUCCUCCCCCUCCGCCGAGUCAGUUAAUUUACACUAAUCAACCGCCACCAAAUGUACACCACCCACCACCGCAAAUGAUGCCGCACCAGCCUCCGCCCUCUCCGGGACAACCUGGAGUUGCAGUUCACCAUCAUCAGCCUCAGAUGUACAACUAUCCACCACAGCAAUAUGCGCCUGCCGCACCAAACGCUGGUCUCACUCCAAUUCCGCCAGCUGGUGCGCCGGCUCCAUUCCCAGGUUAUCCUGGAGGGCCUCCUGGCGGCUUCCGACCAGACACGCAGAUGCUGAUGAAGCAUCCACCUCCUCCACAAAAGCGGAAGUUCUCUGACAACCCAGGAGAACAUGAAAUGUUUCAGCAGCAGAUGCCUCACCAAAUGGUUGGACACCCGCCUCCAGUGCCGCCUCCUGGUCAUCACCUCCCACUGCAGAAUCUGGGCCAGCGAGGCAAUGGUAUAAUUGAGAUGCUGAUGCCAGCCCAGAUGCACCAGCAGCCGCCCGGCGCCUCUCCCCCCAACAACCUCCCCAUGCCCCUGCCCAUAAACAAAGAGCAGCAGUCACCUCCCGACGGAGCUGCCCCAGAGAGAGACAAACAACUAAUGCCACCUCCCCCUCCCCCACCUGUCUCCUCCACAGGUGAGAGCAAGCAAAUGUCUCCAACACACGGUGAACCGGACGUCAAGAAGAGAAAAUUGGCAGGCCACCCUUCAGGACACGCAGCUAGAGCCAAUAUUUAUGAUAUGGAUGGCAGCUCUGAAGAUUUAUCGGAGGACGAAAACUCAAAGUUCAACGGCCAGCGUGGUCCCCCAGGAGGCGGCUACAAGUUGAGCCCUCAGCAGCUCACCUUCAACCACUACUCGUCCAAGCCGCAGCUGUACCCAGCGGCAUCCCCAACCUACCAGGGCAUGUACCAAACUCCGCCCCCGCAGCCAGCGCUGGGGCCACCGCCACCGCAGCCGCCAAUGGGGCAGCUGAUGAAUCCGCCCCAGCCGCACUACAGCAACGGAGGCAGCUUCCACCCUCAGCCACAGCCGCAGCAGUAUGCAAGUCAAGGUAUGCACUUUUGGAUGCAGCCUCAGCAAUAAACCUCAGGCAGCCCUGAAUGUUGUGGAAAGUAUUCAAGAUUCAGUUGUGCAUUUUAUUGAGACGCUUGCGUUUGAUGUCAGUCGACAGACUGAGCAUUUAACAGACUGAUUUACCGCCGUCUGCUGUGGCAGUGCUAGUGCAAAAGAAGAAAGAUGCUGUUUUUUUUAGUUGAUCAGCGACCACUAGUGAGAAAAUCUUAGUGUUUUUAUUCAUGUAGCCCUAUGAAUAUAGUGAGUAGCGUUGCUUCCGACUAAAACAGAGGCUUGGUACCUUGUAUGAGAUUUGAGAAAUCCACAUUCAGUACACAGGCAGAAAAAACUACACAUUUGUUAUUUAAUACCGUGUUUAUACAUUGCAUUUCACGACCGUUACUUCUACAAUUGUGCAUUGAACGUGUUACUCCAAACAAUGUUGUAUUAUUUGACACCGGAGGACAUAUUUAAGUCCACGAACAAUAUUGCACUAUUUUUUAUCAUCGUCCAUUCAAGUGUUACUUGAAUUUAAACCCAUAAAACUUAACUCUCACCUGUAUUGUGAUGUAUCAAAACACAAUCGCGUUCAAUUUCGCCCAUGUUUGCUUUGAAGGUAUCAAGCCAGUUUUGCAUCUGCUAUUUUAAAACUAGUAAUCUUCUUUGCCAUAAAGUGUUACCACACUGAUGGAAUUAUUGUUCAAUCUCCCAAUCAGACCUAUUCACUAUAUUUUUGUGGUUAACCACGCUGAAUAAUAAUGACCGCGAACUGAUUA